UUUUGAUCCUUUUCUCGUAAGAUCACUAUUGCUCGAUUACUCUAGACUGACGACUGUUAGCUCCGAACAUUUUGAUAUAACGAUUGCUUUAGUCUGAUUUGCCAGUCCAUGCUGAGCACCCAAAGAGCACCUCCCAAAGUACUGUGACUAAAUUUCAUCUCUUUGCACUUACAUAACUUCAUAAAAUGGCAGAUGAGGAAUUGGAGGCUAUUAGACGGCAACGUAUGGCCGAACUGCAGGCUAAACAUGGGGACUCUUCUGGUGACCAGCAGGGACAACAGGAAGCCAAACAGCGAGAAGCAGAGAUGAGGAACUCAAUCUUGGCACAAGUCUUGGAUCAGUCUGCCCGUGCCAGAUUGAGUAAUCUGGCCCUUGUAAAACCAGACAAGGCAAAAGCAGUUGAGAAUUAUCUGAUACAGAUGGCUCGUUUUGGACAGCUUGGAGGAAAGAUUUCAGAGUCAGGCUUGAUAGAAAUCCUUGAAAAAGUCAGUCAACAAACAGAAAAAAAGACAACUGUUAAGUUUAACAGACGGCGAGUAAUGGAUUCAGAUGAAGAGGAUGACGAUUGAGUUGUGGAGCUACAGAUAUUCGGGCUGUUUGGAGGGGAACGAGGUUCACUGGUCAGGACAAUGCACUUUGCAGGGACACCUAACCAGCCUACCGAGGCCCAUGUUUAAGGAGCACUUCCUGGAAUAGAGACAAUAAGUCGAUGGGGAUGCAAGAUCUCAUCCAUAACUUUUGAGUUGUUUUCCUUUUUCCCCCCCUGCUACGGUUCAUCAAAUUUGUCACCAGAAAGCAAAUGCGGUUUGAGAUAGCGCUGCAGAUAUAUUUUGCUCCAGACUGCUUUGAAGAUGCUGUUGGCCAUUAUCUAAUGUAGAGUCAUAAUGACACUGGUAUACUGUUUUCUCUCUAUCUUUUUUUUUCCCCAGAACUUUAUUCUUUUCUGUAUCUACUGACAUGUAUUUGCCACAGUUUACAUAAUAAAAAGCCUUAA